CGAUUUUUUCUUACAAAGAUCCAUUCGUGUUUUUUCAUGUUAUCUCUUAUCUGCAGACGAGCAAGGUUAUAGAUCAUAUUAUAUACACAUACGAACGUAACUUUACAACUUGAACACAGAUUAUACACAUCUGCCGACCAUCUUUGCUGCUCAAUAGGAAGUCUUAAAAACGUCAAGUUUCCUACGUCCAACGUCCGACAGAACGAUUUCCAUUUGAGAAACUUCGUUACGACUGCACGUUCGGAAAUGGCUCAAAAGACAGCUUUGUUUAUUGUGGCAGAAGGCAGUGAAGAACUCGAAUUGGUCGCUCCUGUGGACAUACUUCGUCGUGCUAAUGUAAUUGUUACCAUUGCUGAUUUAGCUGAUUGUGAGUAUGUGAAGACUAAAUCCAAUAUCUUUAUUAAAACUGAUGCCAAGUUAGGAGAAGUAAAAGACAUUACAUAUGAUGCUGUUGUUAUACCUGGUGGUCCAUCAUACAAAACUUUGGCUGCAGCAAGUGUAAUUGGAGAGAUUUUGUGUAAACAUGAAAAAGCUGGAAAAAUUAUUGCUGCUAUAUGUGCUGCACCUUUUGUAUUAUUCAAACAUGGAAUUGCCAAAGGAAAAUCUUUGACGUCUUACCCUUCUGUGAAGAAUGAUAUUGAAGGAUCUUACCAAUACAAAGAAGAUACUACUGUUGUUGAUGGAAAUCUGGUGACCAGUCGUGGACCUGCUACAGCUGUUGAAUUUGGAUUAAGCCUUGUUGAAGUAUUACUUGGAAAUGAAGAAAAAGUCAAAGUUGCUAAAGCAAUUCUUUAUCCUCUUUAAAACAUCACUUCUAUUAUAAAGUCUAACAAUAAUUAAAUUUUUUUUUUUUCAUUUA